AUGAAAGAACAUCUUCGGCGUAUAAAAGAUGAUGAAAUUCAUAGUCAUUAUCUUGGACCUAAAAUACAAAAUGAAUUGAUAGAUCUCCUGGCUUCUGAAAUUAAAAAUGAAAUCCUAAGAAUAGUAAAAGAGGCAAAGUAUUUUUCUAUCAUUCUUGAUUGUACUCCUGACAUUAGUAAAAGAGAACAAAUGACUUUGAUUUUGAGAUGUGUGAAUAUAUCAAAAACUCCAGCAAAAUUAGAAGAAUAUUUCUUAGAGUUUUUAAGAGUAGAUGACACCACUGGAAAAGGACUUUUUGAUGAACUUAUAAGCAUUAUAGCCAAACUAGAACUUGAUAUUAAUGAUGCUAAAGGGCAGGGGUAUGAUAAUGGUUCUAACUUGAAGGGAAAACAUCAAGGUGUCCAGAAAAGCAUUGGCUACAACACGGUGGGAAGUCAGGUAGAAAGUGUCAAGGCUAUUAGAUAUCAAGCUCCACAAAUUAGAGCUGCUUUACAACAAUUAGCAAAUGUAGAUGACUUAGAUGGUGCACAAAAAUGUGAAGCUGAAAUGUUAGCAGACUAUGCUUUUGCAAACUUUGAAUUUUUAUUAGGCAUGAUUAUCUGGUAUGAUAUGCUAUAUGAUGUUGACUUGGUUAGUAAAAAGCUACAAUCUAAAGACAUGGAUAUUGGUGAUGCUAUUAAAUUGUUAGAAGGCUUGGUUUCUUUUUUUAUAAAGUAUAGAGAAUAUGGAUUUACAUCUGCUAUGAUUUCAGCUAGAGAGAUUGCACUUGAAAUGGAAAUAGAACCUAUAUUUUGUGAAAAACGUAGGACUUGUAGAAAAAAGCAGUUUGAUGAGAAUGCAAAUGAUGAACCAACAUUAUCUGUUGAAGAUACUUUUAGGACUGAAUGGUUCAGAGCUGCAUUUGGAAUUAAGAUUGUUAACUGA